GUUUAAAAAAGCAGCCUGUAACGUUAGUCAACAUACAUUGCGGGUCUGAUCAGUCAGUGUGCUGUAAAUUGUCGGUGAGCCUGCCUGCGAUUUGAAAUGAAGAUAAAGUUUUUGUUAAUUUAACGUUAAUAUUGAUCAUUAAUUUAAGGCAUCAGAUUCAGAUAUGACAAGAUAGCGUCUGCGCAAGGAUUGUAAAUCUGUGCGUUACAGUUUUUAAUCUGAGGAUGAUUCUGUGGUUUUAUUUUUUGUAGGUUACAAUUUGUGUAGCAUCUUGUGUCAACAACCGGAGCCAAUGAAACGUUACGUAGCCAAUGUCAUCGGGAAAUCCGCUCUUUAAUGUGCUCAGUUUUAUCUGAUAAAGGCUACAUAUUAACGUACAUGGUACAGAGCACAGUGCCAGACACCAAAGGCUGUAGAUAUACAGACAGUCAUAUCUUUCCGUGAUUUUAUACAUAAACCCUCUAGACUGCGCCAUGUUGAGAAAGGAGAAGAUUGAAGCCGGGAUGUCCCAACUUAAACCAGACAAUCCUCUAAUAAAAAUGGGAGUUCAAGACGAUGAGGACGUUAAGAUGAUGCUACAGGGCUCCUCUGUGACGAAGGUGCGUUCUCCACGCUGGAAGAGGAAACGUAUGCUAAAGCUGAUGAAUGAUGGGGUUACAGUCUGGUGUGAAUCCAACAAGGCCACCAGCAAAGCCAAAUCUCAGCAGUCAUUCUCUGUAGCAGAGGUGGAGUGUGUAUUGGAAGGCUGUAAGUCUGAGACGUUGAGAAACCAGGCCACCUCACUCCCAGAAGAACAGUGCCUCACUAUUGUAUUCAAAGGAGGAAGAAAGAGCUUGGAUGUCCAGUGUGACACAACAGAGGAAGCCCAGCACUGGGUCCAUGGCAUUCGAACCCUCCAGGGCAGAGUCAAUAACAUGACCCAGAAAGAAAAACUCGACAAUUGGAUCUAUGGCUACCUGAAACAAGCUGACAUGAAUCAUGAUGGCAAGAUGUCAUAUGAGGAGGUUCAAGUUCUUUUCAAGUUGGUCAACAUAGACCUGAAUGAAGAAUAUGCUGCCAGCCUUUUCAAGAAGAGUGAUAAAUCAGCAGAUGGACGGCUUGAACAUGAGGAGAUAGAGUUAUUUUGCCGUGAGUUACUACGUCGGCCUGAGUUGGAUGCAGUGUUUCAACAGUACUCUGCAAACGGUUGUGUCCUGUCUACUGUGGAUUUGCGGGAAUUCCUGAAAGAUCAGGGCGAGGACCACACCCUUGUACAUGCGCAGAGCCUCAUCCUCACCUAUGAGCUCAAUGAAUGGGCCCAGAAGAACCAAUUCAUGACAGCAAAUGGCUUCACCAUGUACAUGCUGUCUAAGGAGAAUGAUGUGUAUAACCCAGAUCACAGAAGAGUAUACCAGGACAUGAGCUACCCAUUAAGUCACUACUUUAUCUCUUCCUCACACAACACCUACCUCACUAAAGACCAGCUCAUCAGUGAGAGUAGCGUUCACCCUUACAUAAGGGCUCUAAGUCAAGGCUGUCGCUGUGUGGAGCUGGACUGCUGGGAUGGAGAAAAGGAGCCAGUUAUUUACCAUGGACACACCCUCACAUCCAAAGUGCCAUUUAGUGAGGUGGUGAAGAUCAUCGCUGAAUAUGCUUUCAGGACUUCUCCAUAUCCUCUUAUUCUGUCUCUGGAGAACCACUGCUGUGUGGAACAACAGACAAUCAUGGCCCAGCAGUUGCGCUCAAUUCUGGGGGACAAAUUGCUCAGCAAACCUCUCAAAGACAAGCCACUUCAACACCUGCCAUCACCAGAGGAUCUAAAAGGGAAGAUCUUGAUAAAAGCAAAGAAGAUCAAAGUGGAGCAGGAUAGCUCCAGCUCUGACUCAAGCUCCUCAGAUGAUGAAUCUAAAGCUGAAUGUAAACCUAAAUCAGGGAAGAGAGACUGUAAGUUGAGUUCCGAACUGUCUGAUCUGGUGGUUUAUACCUCCAGUGUUGCCUUUAAACAGUUUGAUCCAUCCGCCAAGAAACCUCCAAAUGAGAUGUCCUCUUUCUCUGAGAGUGAUGCACUGAAACUCAUCAAAGAAUCAGGAAAACUGUUUGUACGACACAACAGUGUUCAACUGAGCCGAAUCUAUCCAUCUGGUCAGAGGGUGCAGUCUUCCAACUACAACCCUCAGGACAUGUGGAAUGCUGGUUGCCAGAUAGUGGCACUGAACUUCCAAACCCAAUCUGAAGAGAUGGAUCUGAACAGAGGCCGUUUCUUAGCAAACGGAAAUUGUGGCUAUGUGCUAAAACCAAGCUUCAUGCGCCAGCCUGAUUCAGAAUUUAACCCAGAAAACACUGGGGGAGGUCCUGGCUACAACCCGACACUACUAACUAUCAAGGUGAUUUCAGCCCAGCAGCUGCCUAAACCUGACAAAGAAAAGCUCAGCUCUAUUGUGGACCCUCUUGUUUGGGUCCAAACUUACGGGGCUCCCAUAGACAACAGCACGAAGAAGACACACCGUAUUAACAAUAAUGGGUUUAACCCUAGAUGGGACUGUACCUUUAAGUUCCAGCUUCAUGUGCCAGAGCUGGUAUUAAUCCGCUUUAUGGUCGAAGACCAUGACUACACCACCAGGAAUGAUUUUCUUGGCCAGUUUACACUUCCGUUUCCAAGCUUGCGGACAGGUUACAGGCAUGUGCGCCUUUUGAAUGCAGAUGGCUGUAGCAUAUCUCCCUCCAGUCUCUUCAUCCAUGUCAAAAUCACACCUGGAUUCAGCAGCCCUGCAAGAAAAGCAGCCGCACAUACUGCCUGAGAAUAAAGCAUGCGGUUCAAUCAAGAACAUCAUUUUUUUAUACCAACUCUGUAACCCAAAACUAUGUGAGAGCUAUAUGUUUUGAACUAUGUAUUAUUUGUUAUCUGUAUGUGCAUAAGCAUAUUCCAAAGGUACAAUGGUAAUGCUAAUAAGUAAUACCUUGAAAUGACAAGACUUUAUAUGCACCAGUAUAUGUAGCAUUUUGCAAAUUCACAUUUCUCAACAAAAAUGACUUUCUAUGCAGCUACUGAAAGUGAAGAACCGACUCAGACAGGAAGCAUACUUGAAGAUGGUGCUGACAAUCGCUGAGCUGAGCCAGUGCAAUUAAAAUGUACCCAGUACAGAAAGAAAACUGCUGCACUUAUGUCAACACAAUGACAAGAAAAUGUGACUUUACUUUUUGUAAAUGCCAUAUUGCCAUGUCAAAAUCUCUGCAACCCUUUAAACUUUUAUUUUUCAAUAUGUUUUAACAUUUAUAGCUUUUAACUUCAAAUUGAUAUUUUUAUCACAUAUUUACACAAUAGUUCUUUUUACGCUUUUUAUUUUCCAAAAUAGAGUUAGUUUUAGUCUGAUUAGAAUGACUUCAAAAUGCUUUGAAUUGCUUAUUUUGAAAUGUACUGUAAGGAUAUCCGCUUGUUAGGUUGUGACGUAUGGAAUACUGUUUCCUGGGUCCAAGACGCUAAUCAUUUGAAUUAAGAAAAUAUUAGUUUAUGACCACUUUUUAGUUACAUCACACAUUAAAGUGAAUUUUAUAUCAAAUCACGGUGUACACAACAGUCUCUAGACUUGCUGUGUAAUGUGAAGUGGGGUGCUGACAAGGGAGGUGCGGAUCCAAACGCAGAUUUAUUAAAUAGAGAUGAUCAGGCAAGCAAUGGUAACAAUCAGGAGCAAACAGAUGUAUACGGGCAAUCUAGAGUCAUAGUCAAAUACACAGGUGAUUGGUCAGUACAGGCAGGCAGCAGACAGCAUAAACAAACAAACAAGCAGAGGGUCAAAAACACGACAAAGCAAGGCAAGGUAAGGUAAACACGUCGUAAUGUUCACAAAAUUGAUAAACAAGACUCAGCAACGAGGGUGUCAGAGUGAGCUGUAUAUAUGUGAGUGUAAUCAGUCCAUGAGCAGCUUCAGCUGUGUGAGUCUAAUCAAAGGAGGCUUGGAACAGGUGUGAGUGUAUGUGGUGCAUGACUGGAACUUGUAGUCUAUGUAAUGGCGGAUUUGUAGUUUGUUGCGAUCUGCGUGUUAUUCAGCCAUCUGCAGCUGCUAGAUCGCUUGUGAUCAUAACAUGCUGCAGCAUCACUGACAUCAAUAUUUUAACAAUUCAUAAAUAAUUAAUCACUUUCUGGUUAUCAGAUAUUAG